AUGUCUGCCCCUCUGUUCUGGUCGACCCCCCUCCGCUAUAUCCGCUGGGCUGCGCACGAGAAGCCAGCUAUCCUCGCCGCUCUGUGCAUUGGCGUCAUGGGCCCCAUCUCGCUGGCUACUAUUCCUCCCAUCCGCCACGCCCUCGGUGACGUCGACCCCGAGCCUAUUCCUCUGACAUAUCCCAUUCCGCAGGGUCCGCGGGUGAUCCCCAAGGGCUACGAUGACGAAUAA